AUGGCUCAGAAAUCUGCUAAAUCGCUGGCUGUGAAGAAUAGCCAGCGCCUCAAGCAGACUCAUCUCAUCACUCUAGCCAUCCAUCUCCUCUUCCUCCUCCUGGCAUUUACUCUGCGACGAUCCCUGACCUUGAAACCCUAUCUACUUCUCUCAGCGCCUGCAUUAGGGCUAGAGUACUGGCUUGAUUCCAUCGCGCGGCCACAAUACAAUACAGAUGGAGGCUUGCGCAAAGCCGGCGAGGAUCUAGAUGCUCGAGGUCUAACCGAGUUCUUCUGGGACAUUAUCUAUUGGACAUGGAUCAAUCUGAUUGCUGUUGUGCUAUUCGGAAACAGGGCUUGGUGGGCAUACUUGAUCGUGCCUGCCUAUGCUAUCUAUGGCGCCUUCACUACGGCGAAAGGAGUGAAGGGUAUGUUCGGAGGCAUGGCCGGAGGAGCUGCUGAAGGUGAUACCGCUGCUCCAGCACAAAGCAAGAGACAGCAGAAGAUGGAGUCGCGCGGAGGUCAAAAAGUGCGUUAUAGGUAA